AUGGGUUCGUUGCGGAACUCGGAUGAUGUCGAGACGAUAGAGGAAGAUUCAGACCUUCACCUCCUCUGGAAGCGAUACCCGAUCAAGGGCUUCCUGUGGGGCGUCAUCAUCUAUACGAGCCUGGUUUUAUCGAUAAUUGGAUAUUGCAAUCCCUCGCUGCUACCAUUCAAUCUGCUAUCGUUCUUCUUCAACACAGAGGUCUCUCCCUUUUUUGCGUUCUCGCGAGGCUCAGAGUAUUUCCCAAAGCCGAAGGGAUUCAGGAUAGUGGCGCUAGUUCCAUUUCACUAUCACGAGCGCACUGCGAUUUUGGAUUGUUACCUGCAGAACAAUUUGGUGCAUAACCAGGGUUUCCUAGAUCAAGUGGUAUUUGUUCCACAGACAGAUGACACUGUCAGCCUUCGGUGGCUUGAGGCACUAGUUCAGCAGACUCCCGAAUAUGCCAUCUCUCCGACACAACAAGACAUGGAUUGGCUAUUCACUCGCUCGGAUGUACUGUACAUCCGUAUUGACGGAGAUACCGUGUUCUUUGAGGAUCACACCAUUCCAACAAUCGUCAAAACGAGAUUGGAGGAUCCUGACGCUCUGAUGGUAUCUGCAAAUGUGGUGAGCGAAGGUGUACUAUCUUCUCUUCACAACCACUAUGGUGUUGCACUACCUUAUCUUCCAGAGCUAGACAGAACCGAGGACGACUCUCGCUCAAGCGCUCAGGAUCGCAUGGAUUGGCAUGCAUCAAAUCUUCCUCAAUGGAACGGGCCUGCCGAGUUUAUUGUGCAAAAGGGAUUCAGCCCCCCCUUCCAAGGCCACCGAUGGCUUCUGCCGGCUGAAGAAGACAGUGAUCGUGAUCCUAUCGCGGCGUCUAUACGCCUCGAGAGGGGCCCGGGCUCGCAAGAAUGGACUGUGAGCGCGCAGCACCAUUACUCUUUUCUCGACCACCUCGAAUCGGACACAUUGAAUCGAUACAAAUUCCCUCUGUGGAAAAAUCCACCAGAGGCGGUGACUAGCACGUUUGGAUGUUUCUGGGGGAAAGACGCGGCGGCUUUGCGGGGGGUGUAUGCUCAAAACUCCGGCGACGAGUUGUCGAGAGCGUGGACUGCAUCCGACGGAUCCCAUCCAAAAAUUACCAUUGAUGGCAAGGGACUGGUCUCACAUUACUCGGCCGAGCUGGCACCCAAUGGUUUGGACGCUACAGAUCUGCUGGAGCGAUAUCGCGCAUAUGCACUGGAAAAGGUGUGCAGACAGACAUGGUGA